GGAUGAACUUGUCCGCGCCGAGUCGGCAGCAGCGAGUCCGACCGUCCGCAUGAGCUCGCACCGUGGGAAGUUACGUGGAUUUUACCGUAGCGGGCGUUUUAAUGUGACCGGGCGCUGGAGCCGCGAAGGAUGGAGACUUCCCAGAGUGGAGCUUAAUGUGCCUCAGACAUACGGCUACAUGUGAAAUAUGACAGAUUCACCUUCUAAACACCACCCUGUGGGAUCUUCAGAGUUUUAAAGCGACAGCCACUGAAAGAAAACCAGGCCGACCAUCAAGAGAAAAGAGCUUUUCUUCAAGAGCCUGAAGGACUUGCUAUCACUACCACACAAAUGUGGACCACCCAAAACGGUGUCAUCAAAUAGUCUGAGUAACAAAAUAUAUCGAACUGAUUGAACAUAUAACUGUGUCGCCAUGUCUGAUUGUAAAGACAUGACGCAUCGCCACUUGCGGCACAAGCUACAGAGUCUUGGCCGCAGACUGGAUGAACUUGAAGAAGCCACCAACAAGCUGCAGAAGUCUGAAGAUGAGCUUCUGGACCUCCAGGACAAGAUCAUCCAGGCCGAGGGCAGCAACUCCUCCCUGCUUUCUGAUGUGGAGGCCCUGAGAAAACGUCUCUUAAGGAUCCAGGGUAAAGAUGAGGAGGUACGCAAAGCUGAGGACCUCUGUCGCACUGUCAGGGAGAAACUGGAAGAGGAGGAAAGUCUUACAAAGGAGCUAAAGGCCGAGAUUGAACGUCUACAACGGCGAAUGGCCGAACUGGAGAAACUGGAAGAAGCCUUUGGGAAAAGCAAGUCUGACUGCAGCCAGCUCUGCCUCAGUCUAAACGAGGAGAAGAACUUGACCAAGAAGCUCUCGUCUGAGUUGGAGACUCUCAAAGCCCGUUUAAAGGAGAUGGAGGGGUCUGAGACAAAGCUUGACAGAGCAGAGAAGGCUUUGGCUAUGGAGCUUGAGAAACUCAAGGGAUUCACCCAGACCUUUGUGAAUGAGCGUAAGAGGCUACUAGAGAAACAGAGAGAGGACGAGAAGAUCAUUCUCAAGCUGACAGAAAAACUGGAGCACCAGAAGAAUCGCCUUGGCAUGUCUCCAGAUCCUGGCCGGCCAGAUUUCAUGCGGUCACGAAUUGAGGAUGAGCUGUCAUCCACAGGGCUGCUCUCAGGUAAACUGGGUGGUCACAAGAAGAACCUUGACUACUUUAAGUUGCCAGAUGACAAUAUCAGUCUUAUGAACAAAUCUGAAAAUGAGAAGAACAGCGGCAUUGAAGGGUCGCAGGAAGAGGACAACAAAGUGAAAGAGUUGACGCAGGAAGUCGAAAGGCUGAAGAAUCGCCUUAAACAGCUGGAGAUAGUGGAGGAUGAUUUGAAAAGCUCAGAGUCCAAAAAUGGAGACCUUCAUGAGAAGUUCCAGAUGGAACGAAACCGGGCUCGCCAAUUAAGUGAGCAGGUGGAACAGCUCAGGACACAGCUGUGUGCCAAAGGUGGGAUUGGAGGAAAUGGAAUCAGUAAUAUAGAUAAACAUGGCAAUGGAAGCAGUAACAUCUGCCCCCCAAACGUCCUGGAGAAUGGCAAAGCUGAGACCGAAGAGAUUAUGGUGAAGGGUGGUUUCAGACAAGAGAAGCCUAAAUAUAGGAGUGCUGCAGCUGUCUCAGAACCAAGCUCCCCUAAACACAGGAACAGGGAGCUCUCUCCUCAGCAUAAAAAAGAGACUAAGCUGAGGACCAAAGAGCCGAGCCACUCUGAGGAAAGCUCUCCUAAGUCUGUGAGGAGAGCCCUUAGUCCUUCUUCCAAGAGCAGGAGGACACACAAAACCUUAACUACUGCAGUGUCAUCCGAUAACGGGAUACGAGACACAGGACGAGGAACCGAGGAGAAGUCAAGAGGAGCCGCAUUCAGCUCUGUAAACACACCUUCUAGUGAUUUGAAAAAGAUGUCUGUUCUUAGUCGCUACCCUCCAGCUGCUAAUGCCCAGAAGCCACUGAGGACAACUCACAAGCAGACUGAUGGGGAGACAAAAAAGAGCAGAGUAGAAAAAUCUUCAAAGUUGUACGUUGGUAGUGAUAGUGAAUCAAACAACUCUGACGUAGUGCCUGAAAGCUCCGGUAACAUCAACAGUCUCUCUGCACCAGAGAAGGACACAGCGUCUGCCUCAGAUCAGGAAUCAAUAGACCAGGUUCAGGAAUCGGUCUCUGUUGCUUCCACGCUGUCCAAAGCCAACGGAUCAUUCACAGCCUACAGAUCUCAAGUCACUCCUCUGCUGACCAGUGACCAUGGGUCAGAGGGUCAUUCCUCUGCCUCGGAAACGGAAUCUACUGGUUCAAGACCAUCUGAACCAGAGCCUGUGACUGAGACAGCUGCUACAACCGUAAGCAGUACGACUCCAACCUCCAGAUAUCCUAGAUACUCCCAUGUCCAUGACUCAAAUUCAGAGGGCUCUUCCUCCAGGAGUUCAUUCGAUGAGGAGCUCCACAGCAGGGCACAGUUUGCAGAGGGGGGUCACCAGGGGCCAACGCAUACUCCGUCAGGGAUUGAGAUCCAGCGAGUGUGCAGCCCACGUGAGGCGCUGAGGUCAAGAGCUGUCAUCAAGCCCGCUAUUGUUGAGAUUGAUAGAAAGGAAAUGAUGAUUACGGAACCUUUGUCUACCAACGGCAAACCCAAAAUCUCUACCAAACCAGUUGUGCCCACGUCUAGUAAAAUGACCAGUAGUAUAACCAUCUACCCCAAUGACCCGAGCUCUUCCAGAACCAGCAGUCGCAGCAGCAGCGUGUGCAGUGAAACCAUGCCUGUCAAAGAGCGACACACCUCCACCAGUAACAUCCUCAUAGGUCCCACCAGUGAGCACCAUGGCAGUAUUUCCGUCCCAUAUGAAUUCUCCAUCCCCAAGAGUGAGAUCGCUUUGCGGCCGUGCCAGGACCCGGACUACGGGUCAGACGACCACAGUGAUUCCUCAUCAAAGUCCAAGCUCCACAGCACCUCCAGAGUGGAGACCAGUCAUCUGUGCUGCCAACGCAGCAACUUCAACCUCCAGUCACCGGAUGCCACAUCCGGAGAAUUCAACGACACAGAGUCGGGCUUCGAGAGCAACAGCAGUACCACCACGGUCACCAGCUGGAGAAGCCAAAGGCCAAGCCAGCACUCCCAAGAAGAGAGUGUACCAGAUAUGAAGAAUGUGACUGUGAGAAGCACCUGGAGGAACAGAAGCCCUGCCUCGGUGGAUGAGAUGGGCCGAGGGGCGACGAGGACGAUGGCAGAUGGUGGAUCUGAAGACGAGGCUGAAGCUGUAACAACAUGGAGAGCUUACCGGGCAACUACCACUUUAGAUAUGGAAGAAGCGUUAAACAGUGCUGUUGGGAAUGCUGCGGCACAGAAGGGAGCCAAGCCGACUCCUGCAGAGGUCUACAUGCGGAGAAUCAAGAGUGGGGUUCCAAGCACUAAAGAAUCAGAGGAACAACUCAUGCGCAGAGGGAAGCGCUCUCCGUCUCCCGCUUUGGAAACCGGAGGCACGGGGAGGACUGUGCCCCACGCGCCUGUCACCUCUCAGUCCUGGGGACGAUCAUACGCCCAACAACCACCGGCUGCUGAUAGCGUGGAUCCCACUCCGAACUCCAGCCACAGCCCGGCCUCCUGGAGACGACAGCCUCCCAGCAGCGACAUGGGGAGCUCUUACGACCGGGUGUCCAAGACAGCAGGAGCCUCCUCCAGAGGAGGGGAGCUGUGGUCCAGUCGGGGUCAAGGGUCGGGGGCCAGAGCAGAGGGGAGGAGCGGAGCAGGGAGUCGACCGUGGAGCCAUCGUCCGCCUGAAUAUCAUUAGACCUCCUGGGUCUGAACAGGACUUCAGCAGGAAGGAGGACAGCACUCCAUCAAGCCCUCACUGGCAAAAGCAGAGCCAAACACCGGUCUCCCAUCAACUAACAGCUACACCUAUUACCACCAUCUCCCACAGACGACAUCUGCAGCUUUUAUCACGAGCAAAGACAAGACAAAAAAAAGUUGCAGCCGUAUAAAGCGCAACAAACCACGGAUUUGACCCUGAGCGCACACACUGAGAUGUGAACGGCUCUUCCCAUCCGGAAACCUUCUCCGUCCCCAAAGAGGCAUAAAUGGAAAGACCUGUGCCUGUACAGCGUUUUGGAGGUCGCCUCACCAGCCCACGUAUCCUCUUCUGCUCCUUGCCUUGGAUGUAUUAUAGUGUAAUCCCAGAAUUUGACAAGGGAGAGGCUGGCAUGCUGGUGGACGGCUGGAGAUAAAAAAAAUUUGUGCGUGCCAGAGAGGGGUUUGAAGAGCGUCAGAGGAAGAAGGACUCACAACAUUGAGAAUGCCUUUCUCCAUGAGGACCACCACAGCUGGAUGUGUCGCUUUGGAAUCACAAUUUUUGAAAAAAAAAAAAACAAACUGCAGUUAUCAGCAGUAACAUGUUAAAGACGCAUAUUCAUCUGAAAGGGGGCUGGGAUCUUCAUGCUGAAUACUCCACAAACUAAAGGAUCUGUACUUUAACUGUGACCAAAAACAGAAAGCGAAUUACCCCCUCUUUGCAGACCCGAUUCACAUUUUCUCUCUGGGCUCAGUUUUUUUUUUUGCUGCGACAAUUCAGUCAGACCAUCUACUUUCUUUUCAUGAGUUUAUUUUACAUUCAAACCAUACAAACACAUGCACAUUUCUAACAUUAGGGGUUAUUUUUAACCAUUUUCCUGGCAUGCAGUGACCUCAAACUGGAUUCAAUCUUCUUUCUUAGAUGUCGGGUGAACACUUGCAUGUUUAAAGUCUAAAGUAAAAAAAAAUGAAGAGCACUUGAGAGAAUGUGACUUGGCAUACAUUACCCUCUGCGUCUCUGCACACACACACACACACACACACACACACACACACACACAAUUUCUGACAGACUGGGACCUUACUUAUGCUUUUUGCCAUUUUCACCAGUUGUUUUUAUGCUUUGUAAUUCGCUUCCUGUUCUGCAUCGUCCUUUUCCACGUUGUCUGCUUAAUCAUAUCAAGAUAAGUAGUUUGCACGUAAUAAAAUGCAACGCACAUGUAUAAAAAUAGAAUGAUUUCGG